AUGGCAGGCAUGCAAUUUGAGUACGAUGAAGAAGGAGGGACUUUCUUUUACUUCCUCUUAUCAUUUUGGGGACUUGUUCUUAUACCAGCCACCUAUUACUUAUGGCCGCGUAAAGUCAAGAAAGAAGCUGAAGAAAAGCAGAUUAUUUGUCAAUGUGGGCCCUGCAUUGAAAAAAAUCAUCGCCUUAAAGCUAAUCAGCCAUGGAUUCAAGCGAAACAGAAGGGGAUCAAAGUUGGCCUUGCCAUUGGUUGGGUUAUCUUUGCACUACUGGCCUACAAGGUGUCCAAAAUACAAUUAGAUUAUGUGGAAUAUGAUCCUUUUGUGGAACUUGGUAUUGAAAGGGGUGCUUCUACCAGUGAGAUUAGGAGGGCUUACAGACAGCUGAGUUUAGUGCUUCACCCUGACAAAUCUACAGGUGACUCUGCAAAGUUCAUGAGAGUUGCUAAGGCGUAUGCCGCGUUAACAGAUGAAGACUCCAGGAAGAACUGGGAAGAGUAUGGCAACCCAGAUGGGCCAGGAGUGACAAGGUUUGGCAUUGCUCUGCCGAAGUGGAUUGUGGAAAGAGAGAACUCUGUAUGGGUUCUGGGUGUGUAUGCUGCGAUAUUUCUCAUCAUACUGCCUUUAGCAGUGGGGACAUGGUGGUACCGGAGUAUCAAGUUCACAGGAGACCAGGUUCUACUGGAUACCACCAAGCUCUACUGCUACUUUUUCCACAAGACCCCUAACAUGAUCCUCAAGAGAGCAAUAAUGGUGUUAGCAGCAUCAUGGGAAUUUGACAAGUUUCACAACAAGGACAUUGUGGAGAGGCCUAGUGACAAUGAGGAAAUACCAAUGCUGAUGCGAGAUCUGCCCAACCUGAAUGAAAAGAACAAAGAGAAGCCCCUGUGUUUUCCUUACAGUGUUAAAGCCAGGGCUUUGAUCCACUCUCAUCUAACACGAUUGAAGCUUCCUCCCAAUUCUCUGGAGUUAGAUCGUCAGUAUGUGUUAGAGAAAUGCCCAUACCUCAUCAAUGAAAUGAUCAACUGCGUGGCUCAGUUAGUAGCUGGAGCAGCCACUGGUAGAUUGGCACACAUGCCUCGACUGGAGACUGCUGAAAACUGUAUGAAGUUAUCUCAGAUGAUCAUUCAGGGACUGGAGGACAAGUCAAGCCCUCUACUACAGCUACCCCACAUCACACAGGACAUGCUAAAACACUUCUGUACACGGCGGAGAACGAUUCGCAGCAUUCGUGAGUUUGUGGCGAUGAAGUCAGAAGAUCGACGCUCUCUGCUCCGUACCUUGAGUGACUCAGAGUACCAGGAUGUUAUUAACGUAGCUUCUGAUAUGCCCAACGUGGAAAUGACAGUACGAUCAGAAGUGUUGGAUGAUGAGGAUUCCACAAUAACAGCUGGCUCUAUCGUCACGGUGACGGUGACACUUAAGCGACAGAGCAUGUCUGAGUUGUUUGAUAAGGAGCACAUAGAACCAGAACAGCCAGUGGAGGAAGAUGUCAAGAUGGACGAGGUGGAAGAGGAUACAAAUCAGGCAGGAGAGUCUCCACUGAGAAAGCCCAAAGUCUGGGAGAAACAGAAGAAGCAGAAGAAGAAAGGAGGUCAUGGAAAACAGAAGAAGAAGGUGAAGCAGGUGUAUAACUGGAAAGCAGCUGCUGGGGUCGGCAUUGCUAAACAGGGACAGGAGAGUCACAAGGACCCAAAUGGGACAGUACCAUCAGAGGACCAACCUGUGACAGAAAAGGGGGAGGAUAGUGAGGAGGAAAUGUCUGCGGCUGAGGAGAGUGAGAAUUCGGGAGCUGAAGACCAAAAUCCAGACAACGACCAUGAACCAGCCGACGAUGACGAGGAUUGGUCACAAUAUCAGGAGGAAGCCAAAAAAGAAACGGUGCUGGAGACAAAAGCUAAAGAAAGCCAUCCUGUCCACUGUCCAUACUUCCCAAUUGAGAAGCAGGAGGCUUGGUGGGUGUAUGUUGCUGACAGGAAGGCACACAUGUUAAUCACAGCCCCUGUACAGCUAUGUAGUCUCAAAAGAGAAGAGGAAGUCAAGUUAAAGUUCUCUGCUCCUCCAAGACCUGGUAUCUACCAUUAUUCUGUGAUAAUGAGGUCGGAUUCGUACCUGGAUUUUGAUCAGAUGCAGAACAUCAAGCUCGAUGUGAAGGAAGCAAAGAUCGUGGAGGACCAUCCGCAGUGGGAGUUGUCAGAUGAUGAGGAAAAAGAGCAGGAAGAGGAGAGCGAGGACUCGGACUACUCUACAGAAGAGGAGGACUCUGAGUAAAGACAAGAGUAGCCUGAGGAGCAGUGGCCACCAGGAAUGUUGUGAAAGCUAUCUUGGAGGGCAGUUGGAACAGGGUGAGGCAACGACAGAAGGAACUGAAAACCCAUUCUCCUUAUGACAGAGUUCAUAUUCUGUGCUGGCACCUGGCAGGAAAUUGAGGCAAAUUUUUUUUUUUUUUUAAAUUUUGCUCUGUUAUCACCUGGUGUUCUGAAACCUGUGAAAUGCAGUUACUCUAUGGAACAGUUGAAUGCCCCAGGCCUGAUUAGUUGACUGGAUUACCGGUAGUAAGUAAUCCCUUCUUAAGAGCACCGGUAUUUUCUGUCCAAAGGAAUUCUGCUAGUAGGAGAAUGUGGAAGCAGGGAGGAGAACUCUAGAAGACUCUACAAACAGAGUCCCUUCAAAGCAACAGGGAGAACUGGGAACAGGGUGCACCCCUCACAAGGGCAUUGGGAAUGAGGAAAAUGCGAAACCUGUCAGACCAUGAAUGUGUGUUAUGCUAUGUGGAAAAGCUUUGGCCACAAUCAGAUUUUGGCAUAUGCUUGUGGACAAGGGUAUAAUUUAUCUUCACAUGCAUUUUGAAUUUUAGAACCUUAAACGUGAAAGAGAAAUGAAGAUAUAUUUAUUAUUGCUCAUGUUAAUACUGAUAAGUCCAAGUUUUGAGAAAGAGAAUAAUAUGUCAAUGUGUAUAUCAUUUUAUAUAAAGCUAUUCAUAAAACUGGACAUAAAACAGGAUUUUUUUUUCUAAAAAUUUAGAGCAUUAAUAAAUUUUAAUCCAUGAAGUACAUAAUUAUGUUAGACAUAAGUAAAUCUUACAUUGUAUUUUGUGCUGCCCAGCUUUGUAAGAGUUUCAUUUUCAUUUGAUUGGAUGAGAUUUUCUACCGCAGAGUGUUGCAUGAAGACAGUGUUUAUCUGAUUUAUGAGCAUUUAAAGUAAAACAAAUGUUUGUAUUUUGAAGUACACUUAUCAGCCAGCCUUGUGCUGUGUUUGAAAUAUGACCUACAUUUUUUCCCAUUUUGUGCAUUUAAAUGCCUGAAAUGCCUUUUGGUCCUGAAAGUUCCAUUAGGAUAUGGUAAUACCUUGCAAACAAACCUAAAAUACCUUGUGGAGAUCAAUAGAUUUCACAGAAUGGGGUAAAAUGUGCAACUCAGUCAUGGGCGAAAUUUUGGGACAUUUACUGUAUUUGGUAGUAUACUGAGACAUAAUUCAUGUGUAGGAUGUUUUGGGUUUUCCACAAUGGAAGAAUCUGUCCAAUCCAGUUCGUUAUGUCUUGGAACCAGUUUGCUGAUUUCCUCUAUUUAUUAACCAGUUGAAGCAUGCUAUGUAAUACAAAUUAUACUCUAAUGUGUUGUCAUUUUACAGUCAAAACUGUUACUGUGUCAACUGUUUUGUUAUAUUUAUGUAACUCUGUUUUCCUUAGUUGGUUCAAUAUCAUUUUGAGUAUUUACACUUGAAUAGAUGAUUGUAUGUACAAAUUUGCACACUUUUUAAGCAAGGUAAAUAACUGUUUCAAAAAGAACUCCUACAUUUAAUUAUUGGCGAUCUGUUAUCAAACCAGUCUAGUGUUGGCAUAUGUAUAUAGUAUGUUUUCAGCCACUGAUACUAUUGUUAUCGACAAAGCUUAUUUUGGUGGCUUAGUUGGUCAGCGCACUAGCGCAGCGUAAUAACCCAGAGGCCUCUCACCAAUGCUGUCGCUGUGAGUUCAAGUCCAGCUCAAGUGGGAAGGUUUGCCAGCAACCUGCAGAUUGGUAAAACACGUCAAAUAAAUAAAUAAAUCGCACCAUAAUGCUGGCAGCCGUCGUAUAAUUGAAAUAUUCUUGAGUACGGUGUAAAACAUCAAUCAAAUAAAUAAAUAAAUAAAUUUUUCUGGUGUGUUUAAAAUUUUGAAUGGUGUUAACCUCAUGAUAAGUAAGGAUUUGGGCACAUGAAAAGCCUUAUGAAAUCUUCAAAUGAAUUUAAAAUUUAGGAGUUAGAUUCUUUAUUUUACAUGGGCAGUGGUAAAGCACUUUUUAAGAAGUACCAAUUCAACACAACAUUAUUGCGUGGGUAUAAACGUCGCCAUCCAUUGCAUUUUUAAUUACAUUUCUUCAUACACAUGUAUAACAGUGAGAGCUUCCCACUUGUUUGUAUAUAGAAAGUUUUACAGUGUAGUUGAAACUCAACAUUUACGAUUGUCAGCUAUGUUAACAAGACAUGUAUUGAUUAUUUAGAGAAAAAACAUGUGUAUACUAUUGGCAUCAUCUAUUAUUGUGAAUCUUGAAGUUUGAGAGUGGAGAGACUAAAGACGCGAGCUUGAAUGAUUGAUUAUUAGCAACUGUUACAAAGGCAUUAUUCACAGAUUUACUAAGAAGAAAUCAAAAUGGUGUCCAAGUCAGCUCUGAAAUCAGCUCACAUGUUUUGAGUUUCAGGGAAAAUCAGUUUUUAGGCUCAGAAUUUGAGAGCUGUUUGUUCCCUAUUGGUGUAUGUUAUUGUUCAUGUGAGGCUUAUUAUCCUUGUACAUAGCCUUCAGCUUCCUUGUUAUACUUAAGUUGAGAUAGUGUAGUUUGGCUGCUUUGUUUCCUCUUGUUUCACGUUCGUGAAUAAUACAGUAUAGGAGUAGGCUCUAUUAUGCUUAUUUGUAGGAAACACGCUUUUUGUAUGUUUUGUGAUGAUGUGUUUUGAAUACAUGUCAUGAUGAAGAAUGUUUAUAUGGUAUUUAUAUGAGUACAAGUUGCUUUUGGUUGUAUCAGAAUGUUAAUGAAAGUUGUUGUGUGUUCUGAUUGGCUGAUUGGUAUUCAGAUCUACCAGUCACAUCUCUGAUGUUUAUACGUGUCUUUACAAGGUUUGAAAUCAAACUCUUUUUUUUUUCGCCAUAGUUAAGAAGACAAAAUGAAAGAAAAACAGAAAGUCCUGUUUCAUGCAACUUGAGAAAUAUAAUAGGCAACUUUUCUUGACAAUUUUUUGAUCAGGUCUCAUUGUAUUUCGGAGGCACAAAUGACACUGGUUUCCUCGACAAACUUCACAAACACUCAAAUUUUUCCCUUGUGCUCUAAGUAACUUGUUGUGAGUCUUUUUUUAGAUGCCCAUGUUAGAGCCUGUGUAGUUAAAAAUAAUUGCCUCACAUUUGUCACAUUGUACUUUUUUUUUUUUUUUGGCCUUCAGCAAACAGAUUUCUAACCAGAAGCUUUCCUUUUGUAUAGAACUAUUUCGUAUAUGAAAUGAAAGGGGCAACAUUUGACUUCAAGGAAAGUUCACAAAAUUUCUAACAGUUAAGAUUUUUUUUCCUUCAGUUUUUAUCAAGACAGUAGUACCAAUAACUAUAUGAUCAGUCACUGUUACACAAGUUCAGCAAGAAAUGUGGAUAGAGAAAUAUUUGCUUUUUUGUGAUCAGGAAUAUAUAGACACUUUAACUUACUUCCUGGCUGUAUACGUAUAGAUGACUGGAAGCAAAUUCUUUUUGUUAUUCAUGUGCAAUUUCAUCUGUUGUGGGUGGCUUUGACUCUGGCAUAAAAUUGGGACAUUAUGGUAAAUUUGAGACAUGGCAUCAUUGUUUAGAAUGUUCUCAUGAUACAUGUUAAAAAAUAAAAUAAUUUAUAACAAA